UGUCACGUGAAAUGUCUUGCAGCAUCAGUUUUUGUUGCAGUUUUCGUGUUUUGAGGAUAAAAGUUCGUCAAAUGAUAAGAGCGUCUACACGGAACUAGAACCCUUUUUACCAUGGACGAGGACGGACUGCCGAUUGUCGGUUCUGGUGUCGAUCUGACGAAGGUUCCAGCGAUUCAGCAGAGAAGAAUCGUGGCUUAUCUGAACCAGUUUAUUGUGCACACCGUCCGGUUCCUCAACAACUUCUCCACAGUGUGUGAGGAGAAGCUUUCCAGCGUCUCUCUUCGUAUCCAGCAGAUCGAGACGACCCUGUGUAUCCUGGAGGCCAAGCUCUCCUCCAUUCCUGGCCUGGAGGACGUCACAGUGGAUGGAGGUGGAAAGUCCAGAGCGGUUCUGAACAAUGGGUCUGUCCCAGCUGCUCAGAACCAGGCGGACGGUCCAGCGGGGGGCAGCCUUCCUGCCCCUGAGCCCGUCCCCAGUGCCCAGGAGCCCGUGACUCAGCUCCAACCCGAGGCAGAAGACUCCAACGUCCUGACUGUGUCCAAGGACCCGCGAUACGCCAGAUACUUGAAAAUGGUUCAAGUGGGUGUCCCGGCGAUGGCGAUCCGGAAUAAGAUGGUCAUGGAAGGCCUGGAUCCAAACCUGCUAGACACGCCUGACGCUCCGGUGCCGGACGGAGGAGCGCAGGCCGUCGAGGACCCAGACGUGGGCGGCGCCAGCUCAGACAGCGAAUCGUCCUUCAGUGACUGAUCCAGGCUCUCGGAAAAAGCUGUGGACUUGAUUGUAAUUUCAGUGUCCGGGAGCCGAAAUGUUCCUGCUGGUUUUUCUGUGAACCUUCAUGUGAUCAUUUAGCUCAGUCAGGAGGUUCACACGAUCAUUGGUCUGUGGUGGUCACAGGAGGUGGAGUCACAUGAUCAACAUUUGAUCCAGAGUCGGGCGAGCUUGUACCGUUUAUCACGUUGAUUCUUCAGAUGUGUCUCAACAAGAUGAUGGUAAAAAAGGUUCUUGCUUUUAUUUCUGAGAAAGUAGCCACUAGGUGGCGUCCUCGCCCUGUAGUCAUGACAUCACAAGUGUGGCAUCCAAACUGGAGAGCAAAGGUGGGUUGGUUCCAGUCCCAGGUGUGAAAGCAGCUGAGGCGCUGGCUCCGCCUCCGACGGUGGGCGUGUCUUGAGAGCUGGGAGACUUUAUGUCCUCCUCUUGUGGACGCUUUCAAAGGCCAUCCCUGCGGUGGCCCCAAAGGGCAAACGACAAACACAAAAGACAAGUACGACUACAAACCAAAAAUCACAUUGACAAAAACAGAAUCGCAAUUACAAAAACAGAAUUGUAAUAACUUGGAUGCAAACCGUAGG